AUGUCGACAAGGCAAAACAUGCUGCGGACGAUGAUCCGGUUCGCAAGCAGAGAUGGCAUUUCCUCGUUGUGGUGGGGAAUCUCGGCCUCGAUGCUUCGCCAAUCCACAUAUUCAACCGCAAGAUUCGGCCUGUAUAAUUACUUUGCAGGUAUCGCCAGAGAACGAACCGGCCAGAGACGAUUACCGAGCUCGUGGGAGAUUGUCUGCGCGGGUGCUGCGGGUGGUUUGGCCGGACUCAUCGGAAAUCCCACAGAGGUCGCCCUGGUGAGGAUGUGCGCGGAUGGAGCAAGAUCGCCAGGUCAACGAUUCGGAUAUAACCACGCAAUUGACGCCAUUGUGAGGAUUGGCCGUGAAGAGGGACUGCGGACCUUCAGCAGAGGACUGGGGCCUAAUGUCGUCCGAAGUGUCAUAAUGAAUGUUUCUCAGAUAGCAACGUAUUCUGCCGCAAAGCGCCAACUCCUUUCAAACCCUUCCUUGGGCCUCAAAGAUGGCAUCUUCACACAUUUCCUCGCUUCAUUACUUGCGGGCACGGUCGCAACAACUGCUUGCGCCCCUGCCGAUGUGUUGAAGAGUCGGAUCCAGAAUGCGGUGGCCGUUGAUGGCGCGAAACCAGUAAGGCAUACCUUCAGAGGCCUGACGGAGCUAACAAACCCCAAACAGAGUGUAAGGAAGAUUGUCGCCGAAUCUUUACGCAACGAGGGGCCUGGCUUUCUGGUGCGAGGCUGGACUCCUGCUUGGCUGAGGCUCGCGCCGAACACAGUUCUUACUUUCGUCUUCAUCGAGCAGCUGCAGAAAUUGGUAAACCUGUCAAGGGAUAUGAAGUCAGUCGAGACCGUUCCCGAUGUAGUGCCCACGCGGGUGGCAACCCAGAAGAUUUAA